CCUAUAUAUACAUUCUUCACUUUCUUCCACUAUAUAUCUAGCUUGUUUCUUCCUUGAUUCUCUAUAUAACUAGCUUCAUUUUACAUUUUAUAGCUUUCUAUUUUAGGAAAGAACUUAAACACUUUGAAGAAAAAUUUACCUUCAUUACAUUACAACAUUGUUUUGUUUGACACCAAGCUAUGUCUAGUCGAAGGUCAAGACAACAAUCAGGAGGGUCUACAAGAAUCUCUGAUGACCAAAUUAUCGAACUUGUUUGCAAGUUGCGCCAACUUGUUCCUGAGAUUCGUAAUAGGCGUUCUGACAAGGUACCAGCUUCUACGGUCCUACAAGAAACCUGCAACUAUAUCAGAAACUUACAAAGAGAAGUUGAUGAUUUGAGCCUCAGAUUGUCUCAGUUGUUGUCCACAAUUGAUGCUGAUAGUCCUGAAGCUUCUAUCAUUAGGAGCCUACUUAACCAAUGAACUUUAAAUUCACAUUUUCGAUUCAAGUUUAUUAGUAGUACUUGUUUGAUUAAUGCCUCUUUUAUUAGAAGGCAAAAAAAUGUAGCACUUGUUUUAUUUAUUAAGGUUUUUGAUAUAGUUUCAGGUUUAAUAGUGUAAUGACUUAAGUAUUGGAGGUUUAAGAUGAGCUUUGUAACUUUGUAAGAGGUGAUUAUAAUUAUAUAUAUAA